AUGACAACUUUUUCCAAGAUUAAUUUCAAGACUUUGAAUUAUAAUUCAUUUCGUCCUCAUUAUCCUCUGUCAUUUUAUAAGGUUUUAGUUGAAUAUGUCACUAAGGGAGAUAGUGCCAAGAUUCCGUUAGAUAAGGCCAUUGAUCUUGGAUGUGGUACAGGGGUGGCAACUUAUCCAUUAUUGAAUACUACUAAGGAAGUAUUUGGUCUUGAUUUAUCUCCACUGAUGAUCAAGACGGCUGAUUCAUUGAUUGAUUCAAGAUGCAAAGAAUUAGGGAUUGAAGAUCAUCCAAGAAUUAAAUUUAGAGCUGGUGCGGUGGAAGAUUUCCUUUAUACUGAAUCUGGUGGAGCAAGAGAGAUACCAGAUGAAUCAGUUGAUUUGAUAACUGCUGCCCAAUGUAUUCAUUGGUUUAAAGAUUAUGAUGCCUAUUUCAAAAAUUGUUAUAAAUUAUUAAAAAAGGGAGGUACAUUAAGUUAUUUCUUUUACAUUGAUCCUGUCAUUAUUGAUUUCAGAGUUGAAAAUGGGAAAUCUAUCACUAAAGAUGAAAAAUUAGAAAUCUUAAAAAGAUCAAAAGAGUUAUAUCAUAAUUUCGUGUAUAAUGAUCCCAGUUCAAUGGGACCACAUUGGGAAAAUCCAGGUAGAAACAUUCUUAAAGAUUAUUGUGAAGAAGUUAAUAAGAGUAUUCCUACUGAAUUAUAUGAUGAUGUUAAAAUCAAUACAUUCAUACCAGAUUUUGAAACAGGUAAAACUGUUCCUAAUGAUGAAGUUGAUCUUGAUUUAAAGAAAAUGGAUAUACCUCUCAGUGGAUUUGUUGAUUAUCUUACCACAUACAGUGCCUAUCAUACCUUUAAAGAUACCACUGGAGAUCCAACUAACAUAUUAGAAACAUAUGUCAGUAAUUUAGAAAAGGAAUUUGGGUGGGAUAGAAAUACCACCAAGAUUGAUCUCGUGUGGAACACUGGAUAUACCUUUAUGACCAAAAAGUAG